CUUAUCAGCUUGCUCCAGCCCUGCUCUAGGCAAUUAAUGGCAAUUUAAGGGUUAAGUUGAAGUCAAAGUCCAAAGAAUACACUUGCCCCACCCUAUGUGAGAGGGGGAGAAAAAACAAGUUGUGCUGGUUAUAGAGAGAGAGAGAGAGGAACUUUCAGUUUUGUUUUGUGCACCUGAUUUCAGUGAUGGCGGCUGCUGAUCUGAGAGACGAGCUGAGCUGCUCCAUCUGCCUGAACAUUUAUACUGAUCCUGUAUCCCUGCCGUGUGGCCAUAACUUCUGCCGGGUCUGUAUUGGGACAACAUGGGACAUCCAGGAGGGAUCUGGGGCUUAUUCCUGCCCUGAAUGUAGAGCAGAGUAUCAGGAGCGCCCUGCCCUGCACAGGAACAGAACUCUGGGUAACAUAGCAGAGAGAUUCCUUCCAACUGAGACAGAGCCGGGGGAGACUGGGAUCUUCUGCACCUACUGUGUCCUCUCUCCUGUACCUGCUGCUAAAUCCUGUCUCCUGUGUGAGGCUUCUCUGUGUGAUACCCACCUGAGGGUCCACAGCAAGUCAGCAGAACAUGUACUGACCCAACCCACCGACUCCUUUAUGGGGAGAAAAUGUUCUGUACAUCACAAGGUUCUGGAGUAUUACUGCUGUGAGGAGUCUGUCUGUGUCUGUGUGUCCUGCUGUCUGGCUGGAGAGCACAGGGGCCACAGGGUGGAGCUGCUGAGCGAAGCCUCUGAGAAGAAGAAAGAGAAACUGAGGAAAGUUCUGGAGAAAUUGAGCCCAGAGAGAGAGAAGACUGAGAGAGGAGCCCAGAGACUGCAGGAGCGCAGGAGAGAAGUGGCAGAAAAAGCAGCUGGUGAGUCGGAGAGAGUCACUGCCCUGUUUAGAGACAUCAGGGAACAGCUGGAAGCCCUAGAGAAGCGACUCCUGAGUGACAUCUCCAGCCAGAAAGAGAAGCUUUACCUUCAACUCACUGAUCUGAUGGAGCAGCUGGAAAUAAAGAAGGACGAGCUGUCCAGGAAGAUCCGUCACAUUGAGGAGCUGUGCAACAUGGCAGAUCCACUCACUGUCCUACAGGAACGGGAAUCACAUGGAGCUGCAGAUAAUGAGGGGGGCAGAGAGAGACAUGAUAUAAAGGUCCCUGCUGUAGGGGAUCUGGAUGUGGAUCUGAUCUCAGAGACAUUACUCACAGGCUUAGCUGCCAUUGUGACUGGGGUAAAGGGAAGGUGGAUCUAUGGGCAGGAGGCUACAGACCUGUUACUGGAUAUAAACACGGCUGGGAAUCUUGUAUCUGUAUCAGGGGACAGGAAAUCUGCUUCCUACUCACUCACAGACCAGUGUCACCCACAAUCCCCAGAGAGAUUUCAGAAAUAUCCUCAGACCUUAAGCAGCAGGAGUUUCCCCUCAGGGCGACAUUACUGGGAAGUGGAGGUCAGUGAAUCAGGGAGCUGGAGGGUAGGGGUGGCCUAUCCCAGUAUAGAGAGGAGAGGGGAUCAGUCCUGGAUUGGGGAGAAUAACAAGUCCUGGUGUUUGCGCAGAUGGAAUAAUAAAUAUUCAGUGAGACAUGACAGUAAAUUCACACAGUUACCCCACGUCCCUUCCUGCAGGAGAAUCAGGAUCUCAUUGGACUAUGAGGCCGGACGUCUGUCCUUUUAUGAGCUGAGUGAGCCAAUCAGACACUUACACACCUUCACUGCCACAUUCACUGAGCCCCUUCAUGCUGCAUUCUGUGUAGGGUGGGAUCAAAAUUCCUGUAUGAGAAUUAUUUAGGGCACUGCCUACCUCAGAGCAGAGAAACCUAUUGUAAGAGCUAUCUAUUGCCAUGUGAUGACAGAAAAAAGAAAGGAAUCACAGGAGCCUUAUUUAUGUUGGCCAAUCUCUCCUGAAUCACCAAAUAUGUUACCAUUGCACCAUUUUAGGAAAUAUCUAUAGCUUUAAAUAUUAAUAAAAUAACCUUAUGACCUUAUCACCUACUAAAAAUAGCAGAUAAUGGAAUAUUCAUAUCUGACACAAAACAUAAAUAAUAAGAGAACUGAUAUUCUGCCAUUUGUCCUGUUUUCUUGAAACACAAAAUUCCUAUUGUCUUGAGAAAAUCGGGUAUUUUUAUAGAUGUACUGUAUGUAUAUUUUUAUUUGUAUAGUGCUACUUGAGGGCAAAUCACUCUAGAGCAGAACAAUAAAUUAGUUGAACAAACAGGGGUCAUUACUUGGCUAUACUUUGUUUUCGAGGGACAGAGGCAAUAGAA